AAGCUGCCUCCCAUCCGCUGUCACUUCCCGUUCUGCAGUCACCAGCUCCCGUAGGUCCAGCACUGAGCGCCAUGGACCCCCCGGCCCUGCUCCUCUGCCUAAGUGCAGCACUGGUGCCCUGCCACGGGUUCAACGUGGACGUGGAUAGACCCAUCUCCUUCCAGGAGGCAGCUGUUGGGUUCGGGCAGAGCCUGGCAAUGAGCGCACAGGCUGGGGGGCUGUUUGUGGGGGCCCCGCUCCAGCGAGGGGGCAUAAAUGACACCGGCCGAGUCUACAAGUGUGACCCACGGGCCCAGAUGUGCCAGCAGAUCCGCAUCCUGCGGCCCGCUGACGCUGUGGACAUGUCUCUCGGGCUGUCUCUGGCAGCCACCGACUCCCAGGUCCUGGUGUGCGGCCCCACGGUGCGGCAGGCGUGUGGCGAGAACAUGUAUGUGCGCGGCUACUGCUUCCUGCUGGACCGGAACCUGCGCCAGACCCAGCGCUUCCCAGAGACCCUGCCCGAAUGCCCCAGGCGCCAGACGGACAUCCUCUUCCUCAUCGAUGGCUCGGGCAGUGUUCAUCCCAGUGACUUCUUGAAGAUGAAGGCUUUUGUGGUCCAGGUCAUGAGGCGUUUCCGUGGCACGGAGACCCAGUUUGCCGUGAUGCAGUUCUCCUCAGACUUCACCACUGCCUUUGACUUCAAGGAGUUCAGGGAGUCCUCAGAGGUUCACAUCGAACAGCAGGUGCAACACAUUGUCCAAAAGCGUGCCGCAACGUGGACUGCCAGUGCCAUCCGCAGAGCAGUGCAGGAGGUGUUUGUGUCCAAAAGUGGCACGCGGGCCGGGGCCACCAAGGUUCUCAUCGUGAUCACGGAUGGGGAGAAGUACGGAGACACGCUGGACUACACGGAUGUGAUCCCCGAGGCUAACAGAGCUGGAAUCAUCCGCUACGCUAUUGGGGUGGGCAAUGCCUUCUUCAACGUGAGAGCUCAGGAGGAGCUGCGGAUGAUCGCCUCCUCCCCUGCAAGCGACCACAUCUUCCAGGUGGAUAACUUUAAUGCUCUGCAGGGCCUCCAAGAGCAGUUGAAGAACAAGAUCUUUGCCAUUGAAGGCACCCAGUCCCACAGUGACAGCUCUUUCCAGCUGGAGAUGUCCCAAGAUGGCUUCAGUUCUCUCCUGUCCCAGGACGGUAGUGCUCUGGGAGCUGUAGGUGCCUACGACUGGUCAGGUGGGAUCAUCCAUUACAAGCAAAGUAAGAAUCCCACCUUCAUCAAUGUGUCCAGGACCGGCAAGGAGAAUGAUGCCUACCUUGGCUAUGCAGUCCAGCCAGUGGCCUCCAGGGGGCGCCAGGGCUAUGUGGUGGGGGCACCGCGGUACCAGCACGUGGGUAAGGUGGUGCUGUUCUACUGGGAUCCCAAGGAAUCAGCCUGGAAGGCCGAGGGCGAGGCGGAGGGAGACCAGAUUGGCUCAUACUUUGGGGGCUCCCUCAGCACCAUGGACGUGGAUGGAGAUGGCAACACCGACCUCAUCCUCGUUGGAGCCCCCAUGUACUAUGGGGAGGGGAGCGGAGGCCGCGUCUUCAUGUACCCUCUCCCGAAGCAGGGGGCGCCACUGCGGUGCAAGGGGGUUCUGCAGGGGCAGGGGGGCGAGCCCCUGGGGCGCUUCGGGGCCAGCUUGGCAGUGCUAGGGGAUGUGGACGGCGAUGGCCACGCUGACCUGGCCGUGGGGGCCCCCCUGGAGGACGGUGCCCGUGGGGCCCUCUACAUCUUCCGCGGGCAGCAGCGCCGCCUGCGCAACCAGCCCAGCCAGCGCAUCUCAGGGACCCAGGUGUUCGGGGCACCACGGGCACUGGGCCUGGCACUGAGCGGAGGCGCGGACCUGACAGGUGACAACCUGAAGGACAUUGCUGUGGGCGCCCAUGGGCAGGUGCUGCUGCUGAGGUCACGCCCAGUGCUGCAGGCGACCGUGACUGUGACCUUUGCCCCGACCACGAUCCCAACGACCGCCUUCAACUGCCAGGGCCGGGAGCAGCUGGGUGCCAAGGCUGCUACUGCCCAAGUCUGCUUCAGCCUCCGUCUGAACCCCAAGCAGCACUUCAAGGGCAGCUCCAUCUCGGGCACCUUCCGCUAUGAGCUGGUGCUGGACCCUGGACGGGUGAAAGUCCGUGCCGCCUUCGAUCCCCCACUGUCUGCCCAGUCCCAGAUGGUGCACGUCAGCCUCCCGCCCCAGUGCCAGGACUACAAUGUCCAGCUGCCUGUCUGCCCCGAAGACACCCUGGCACCCAUCACCCUGCGCCUGACAUACAACCUGACCGGGAACCCCAUCCCCAGCACCAAUGGCCUCACCCCCAUCCUGGCUGAGGACACGGAGCCGAUGGUUGUAGCCUCGCUCCCAUUUGACAAGAACUGUGGCAGUGACGGGGUUUGUGAGGACAACCUACAAAUCGCCUUCAAUUUCUCGGGCCUGAGCACCCUGGUGGUGGGUGACACCCAAGACCUCCAGGUCACUAUCCAAGUUCACAACCUCGGGGAGGACUCUUACGGUGCCACCCUGCGACUCCUCCACCCAGCGGUGCUGUCCUACCGCAAGGUCCAGGUGCUCCAGGCCAGCAGGCAGGGCAUGGCCGUGCGCUGCAGCUCACCACGGGGGUCCCAGGAGGACCCGCAGCAGAACACCACCUGCCUCGUGGGCCCACCUAUCUUCCACACUGGCGCCCAGGUUGUCUUUGCCACCACCUUGGAUGUACCCGCCACGGCUGAACUGGGCAACCGCCUGCAGCUCUUGGCCGUCGCCCGCAGUGACAACCAUGGCCCUGGAAAUGAGAGCAAGAGCCAGAGCGCGGAGCUGCCAGUCAAGUACGCCAUCCACAUCAUCGUCACCGGUGGAGAGGACUCCACCCAGUACACGAACUUCUCCAGCAAGGAGGAGGAGGCCACCAGGACUGUGAUCCACCGAUACGAGAUCCGGAACCUCCGCCAGCGCAGCCCCCCCUUGUGGGUGACCUUCGAGUUCCCCGUGGCCGUGAACGGGGUCCCCAUGUGGGUCACCGCCCCCAAGCUGGCCAACUGCUACGCGCUGCCUGAGACACCUGGGAUCAAGGACUUGAGAGAAGAGAUGAAGAAGAGCCCCCUGCUGGGCUGUGCCGUGACCACCUGCCAACGAGUGCGGUGCAAUGUCUCAGCCGUGUACAUGGAGCAGCCCCUGGAGUUUGUCCUGACUGGGAACAUCUCCUUCGGUUGGUUCUCCCAGACGGGGCGGGACAAGGUGACGCUGGUGAGCACGGCCGAGGUGGGCGCAGACCCGGGGCGUUUCCACCAGCAGGGGACGGUGCGGCACCAGGUGCAGACGGUGCUGGAGCGUGUCCACAUCUACAACUACGUGCCCAUCGUUGUGGGCAGCUCCAUCGGGGGCCUCCUUCUAUUGGCUCUCAUCACUGCUGCCCUCUACAAGUUUGGCUUCUUCCGCCGCCAGUACAAGGAGAUGAUGGAGAUAGCCAAGGAGGGUGAAGGCUCCGCCCCCACCCCUGGCUCCGCCCCUGGUCCCACCCCCAGUGCCCCCCAACAGUAGGUCUGACCCCCACCUUGGAUACCUGGGUUCUGUGUGUUCAGGUGUGUGUGUGUGUGUGUCUCUCUCCCUUCCCUCCUCCCCCUGCCAUCUCCCUCCACCUCAGUCAGGGCACCCAGGCGUCCAAGAGUAUACCCCACCCCCCCAGGCCCUCAUCCAAUAAAGAUGGACCCCUGGCUGAA